AUGACACAAGCAGUAGUUUGUGCAGGCACAUAUAAUGUUACAAAUCCAUUAAGUGAACACAGUCCAUUUUGUGUUGAAAUUCAAGAUGAACUGGAAGAUUAUGAAAAUGAAAUUAUUGAACUGAAUCAGAAUGCAGACGUCAAACAGCAAUUCUUCAAUUCUGAAAUGAAACAAAUAUUUAAAAGUAACACGAGUACUAAUAUGGACAUGAUGCAAAGAAAUAUGAUUAUCCUGCAAAGUGAUCUUAGCAGUAACAUAGAAGCAAACAGUAUUAUGAUAGAAGGCAAAAUUAUGGAAAAGAAAGAAGAACUGACUGAAACUCAAUGUCAAGUUGUAGACAUCUGCAGGAGGUUUGAUUCAGAAGUACAGCAAGUAAAAAAGAGCAUUGAACCAGGUGUGGACAGUAAGAUGCAAUAUUAUUUGACUACACUAAAUAUUCCAGGCUGGUCUGUAAAUACAAGCAGAGAUUUGCGGCUCUAUGUGCUGCCAGAGAAUUUGACAGCAAUUAUUCCUCAACCAGAUAUUUGUAGCAAAAAGCUGUUUCUCCUCAUUGUUGUAUGCUCAGCUGUUGGUAACUUUGAAGCUCGAGCAGCAAUCAGGCAGACAUGGGCAUCUGCACCUAUUGUUACUGAAAAAGCUAGUGCUAUAAGAGUGGCUUUUCUACUUGGUGUAUUAAAACACAAUACUCUGCAGGAGCAGGUUGAAAAAGAGAGUGUUCUGCACAAAGAUAUAAUCCAAGAAGACUUUUUGGACACAUAUUAUAACUUGACUUUAAAAACUGUCAUGUUACUGAAAUGGACUAUUAAAAACUGCCCAUUUGUUCAUUACAUCAUGAAAGCAGAUGAUAACACAUUUAUCAAUAUUGAAAGCCUUGUGCAUUUGCUCCAUUCUAAAGGUACAACUGGUUUAUUGAUGGGUGAUCUUAUUUGUGGUGCACACCCAGUUUCAGACUCGCACAGAAAAAUGUAUGCUCCAAGUUAUAUGUAUCCUAGAAGAGUCUACCCAAAUUACCUAUCUGGUGCAGGAUAUGUAAUGUCAAAUGAUGUUGUGAAACAAUUGUACAAAGCAGCUCUACAGACUAAGCUCUUCCAUCUGGAGGAUGUAUACGUGACAGGACUGUGUUCCAAAGCAGCUGGUAUUCGUCCACGUGAUCAUCCUGCUUUCACAUAUAGACGUCGUAAAAUUAUUCCUUGUUUGUUGCGUGAUCAUUCAGUUGUCACCAGCCACCACAUGGAAAGUGCUCACCUUCUGGAGAUUUGGCCUCGCAUUCAGGACCCAAAUCUUGAUUGCUCAAAUUUCAAUGCAUCACAGUAUGCGAAGUACAAGAACCAGAAGUGCAACGUUCAACUUUGA